CAGAGUUGAAACAUGAAUAUGGGAAUUUUAUGUGAUGGAACGCAGAGAGAAUCAAACUCCACAAGGCCAAAUAGCUAGGGUUUUGGUUGAAUUUUUGGAAGUGGCUAUUGCUUCUGUUGUUUUUCUCAAAGGGGUUUAUCCUUCUGGGGCUUUUGAGAGGAGAAGGUAUAUGAAUGUGGUGGUUCAAAGGGCUUGUCAUCCUCAGCUUAGAUAUUACAUACAUGCCACUAUUUCAGGACUUCUUCCCUUUAUACAAAAGGGCAUGGUUGAAAGAGUAGCUGUUAUUUUCUUCAAUGCCAACGAUGUUCCACUGGAGAAAUUUGUUUUCAUGCUUGGAGUGAACCUCUCUUAUGGCUCAACUGUAGAAGAGGUCGAUCUUCAGUUCUCUCUGAGAUCAUUUCUGAGCAAGCUGUCAAUCUCGGAAUCUCUCACUAAGAAGCUUCCUCCCGAUUCCAGGUGGGAAAUAACUGCUUAUUUUCGUUCCCUUCCCGAGGCAGGUACGAGCAAGGAAGCGAACUUGUGGAUCCCAUCCGACACAAAGCAGUGGCAACAGCCUCCACUUAUAACGCCUAUCAAAUCAAUGAAUUGUGAGCCUCUAUGUUUGCAAUUGUACUUGGAGCAUCCAUGUUUAUCAGAAUCAUUGCUUUGACAAGGGAACUUGAAUUAUUGAUUGAUUGGUAGCUUAGGAACCGAACCACAAUCACAUUUUUCAAAUGGAAGUAAAUGAUUAUGAAGGUAAUAAAUAACUAUAAUAUAAAUGGUCAAUACACCAAUAAUGUGCACUAGAAGAAUGUAACAAUUGCUCUUGAUGCAUUUUUGGUUCUGGAGUUGUGGUAGAUGGGGCUUGUAUCAGUUAAGAUUAGAUUUUUUAUGGAUGGAACUGUGUGAAGGAUGCAUUUCUCAUAUAAAUCAGUUACAAUUAAGAGAGUUAAUUUUCAUUUUGUGUGGCCAGUUGUUCAAGGUUGUAACCUAGAUAGUCAAACCAUGAAAUGUGCCAUCAUCAACGAUAAAUAUAGGAUGUGUGUAUAUGAGGGAUCAAGGGAGUAAUUCUGGGUAGAGUUACUCCGCUUAAUUACUUACAAUAAAUAUUGAAUUUUAUCAAUUUAACUGUUGAAUAUUUUUAUAUUAUAUUAAAUGAUUAAGCACACAAAAUUCAUCUUAAA